UCAGAAGAACCCUUGACACACAUUGCGCGCAUGGACCCUAGGCGGUGAUGGAUGCCCGCUAAACCAGCAAGAUAAAGUGCCGGUAGACAAAGGAAAAGGGUCGACGUCUGGGCUAGAGAAUCUUUGUUGGGAUCGCGCAUCGCCGCGCCGGAUCUGACCUCACUCAGGCUCUCAGAAUUGUCUCAUUCACACACGCGUUUGCCGACGACCGCACGGCCAGCGGAACGGUGGAAGCCUGCGCAAGUCAACACCAGCUUGAGGUGUGGCACCUGCCUCUUACCUCCGUGAGACAGGAAGCCUGUGAAUAUUAUUCCACCAAACGCAAGGAGGACGAGACAUCAUCACUUCCAUGUUAACUGUGCUUUUUUUCUUUCUUUUGUUUUUCAAACAUUUCAACAACAUCAGCCUCCACUUUCUGUUUACCUUCAAAAUUCGGAAAUCAUGGCGAAUCGUACGAAUGUUGCCAGGCAAGCUGGUGUCCUGCCUGUCUCGGCGGCAAAUGUUAAAGAUCAAGCUGGCACCUCCCAGAAGUCGGGCAGAGGUAAAGCUCCCAUCGAAGGCCAGAAGAUCGUCAUCCGUCGACUACCGCCAGGAAUCUCAGAAGAAGAAGUAUUGAAGUAUCUUGAGGAUGAGUGGCAACCCAACAAGGGCAAGGUUGGCUGGUUCUCGUUCAUGCCCGGAAAAACAUCCAAUGACCCAUCCAAGCCAUCGCGACCAUCGCGCGCAUAUCUGCAUCUUCUCAGAACGGAGUAUGUCAUGCCUUUGAUGGACCAAGUGCGAAGUGCUCAAUGGGAAGACGCAAAUGGUACUUGCAGUGAUCCUUGCCUCUGUGGUCCUCCUGCGAUGGAGAUGUCAAUCUAUAAGAAAAUCCCGACGAGCAAAAACCGGGCGGAUGCCCGCCAGGGUACCAUUGAUCAGGAUCCCGAAUUCAUGGCGUUUCUCGAGUCGUUGGCAAACCCAACGGGCGACAAAGACCCUGAAACAGAUCACGUGGGACAGGAAGAGGAACAGCCGAUUGUCAAAGCCUCAUCUACCCCUCUCAUCGACUACCUCCGUGAGAAGAAGGCGAACAAAUCUAAGGAUACCAGCGUAGCCAGAUCUGGCAAGCACUCGCGUCACGACUCGCAGCCUAGCAAAAACAAGGGCUCCGAGGACUCCAAGAGAAAGUCUCGGGAGGCCAAGACGGAAAAGUCUACGGAUAGACCUCGCCAGAACGUCAAGAUCCUGACCAAGAAAGCAGCUACCGCAGCCGCGGUGGAGGCUGCGAAUAACGUGGCCAGUCAGAUAUCAGCAUCUUCCAAGGAUGAUGCAUCGGCAAAGGGAGGCCGCAGAGCCGGCAUAGCAGCCGCUGCACGUAUUUUGGCAAGGGAUUUGGGUAUCAGUCCAGGGAACGCUCAUAGGAAGGUGCGUUUGGCUCGCCAAGAGGUUGAGAAAGCUGAAAGCGAUGGGAAAUUGGCCAACGCAGAAGACGCUCCAGCCACCAAAGAUGCCAAAGACGACGCUCCGGGCAAUUCGGCAACUACAGCAAACACCAACACAGCUAGACAAGCCGCGCCCGCUGCGUCAAAGCCCGCUGCUGGUAGCUCUCGCGGGCCCCGCGGCAAGAGGGGUGCCUCCGGUACUACUGAAAAUGCCCAGGAGGCCACAGAGAAGAAAGGUCGUUCUAGAAGGGGGGCUGCAGACAAGCCUAGCGAGGCCUCUGCAAGCGCUCCAAAGGCUCCCAUGGCCAUAUUGAAAAGGAAAGAUGAUGCGGCGUCAGGAAACUCGAACCCUGCAACUGUGCCAGCCCCUUCGACCGCGAACACACAGGCAGGACCUACGGUGCCGAAGUCCGCUCCAACUGGACCCAAGGCUGCACAGGGUAAAGGAGGAUCUGGGUCAGGCCCCAAAAAGGCUACGGCAACUUCUGGAAACUCAAACACAACACGCGCUUUUGUUAAGCAUGCAAAUCCGUCUCAAGGUGUGACCGACGCUGUAUUGAAGGAGGCAAUGCAAGUCUUUGGCAAUGUGACUUUCGUGGAAAUUGAUAGACGCAAGGGGUUUGCCUACGUCGAUUUUGCCAAUCACGAAGGCCUCGCCAAGGCAAUCGCUGCGAGUCCAGUAACAGUCGCGCAAGCUACCGUGCAGGUGCUAGAACGAAAGGACACGAACAAGAAGGCUCCCCCGGCAGCAUCUACCGGAAACACUGGAAGUUCGAAGGGCAACACGGCUUCUGGCUCCGCUCCGGCAGCACCAAAAGCUCCCGGCGGGCCCAAGAUUGAAGCUGAGACCCCUGCUGCCAGCGGAUCGACUGCAGCUAGCGCAGAAAAGCCUGCAGGCGAGCAUAAGCGUGGUGGUCGCAGACGUGGUGGAAGGGGCCGUGGAGGUGACACCAACAAGGACGGCUCCGGCGGCAAGGGAACUGGCGGUGGAAACAAGGCCACAUCGGGCGGAUCCGGGAAUCUGCCAGUUCCAGCCUCUUCUGGAUCUUGAAACGAAAGUUGGCUUUAUAGCCUACUCUUCUUCCGUUCGAGACUGUUUCUAGUUUCAUGGCCACGCAGUCAAACGCGCACACAUGUCGCUGUAUCACACUACCCUUGUUCUGAAUGGGCUAGGCAGCAGUCCAAACCAUGGACGCCAUUUCCAAGGUGGCAUCUUUGGCGAGCGCCCUACUGACAUGACACAUCCCGAAGUGAUACAUGCAGCAUUGCACCUACCAUCUGCGUGCACAGACUAGUCGCCGUUAACCUUUUUUGGACUCCAACUCACGCUUCUUUGAGCGUGUGGCACUGUCAAGUAGUGGUUGGCAGAUUGCAUAGUAUAAGGGACCACAGUAUCGUCUGUCGAUCAAAGCAUCUGCCACUGUUUUACGAGCAAAUAUGUCAACCAAGUGUUGACUUGGUCCGUAUGGUUACGUUGCCAUGCGAGGUCAUCUAACACCUUCGGUAUGGGGAGACAAGAAUUAGUAUUGCAUUGCAAUUAACCUGCGGGAGGGAGAAUCGCGUCUGUUAUGAGAAGAAGCCGACAUCUUUUCUGUCACAUCUGCGGCUGGCAAGAAAUAGCGACGUGCGUAUGACAUGGAUUGCGAUCGAUCUUUGCAAACUUUCAGACUAUUCACUUUUUUUUCAGCAUACGGGCUGGCCGUUGACCGUGAUUCGGUUUUGCUGGCACACCAAUAAAUGAAUUCGUAUUUACACUAAGG